CAGGGGCAUUAGGGUUUUAGUUUCUCACACACUAGGUGGCCGCGCCUCUCUCAACCGCCAAGAUCUAGGGUUUGUUUCGAGCUGAAUCGGAGGAAAUGGCUCCUGCUGCGCCCAAGAGCGGGAUCUUCGUUGGUCUGAACAAAGGCCACAUCGUUACCAAGCGUGAAUUGGCUCCUCGCCCGUCUGACCGCAAAGGGAAAACAAGCAAGAGGGUGCAUUUCGUGAGGAACCUGAUCAGGGAAGUUGCUGGUUUUGCUCCAUAUGAGAAGAGGAUCACUGAGCUUUUGAAGGUUGGUAAGGACAAGCGUGCUCUUAAGGUGGCCAAGAGGAAGUUGGGUACCCACAAGAGAGCUAAGAAGAAGAGAGAGGAGAUGUCCAACGUCCUCCGCAAGAUGAGGUCUGGUGGUGUUACUGAGAAGAAGAAGUGAGAACUUGAAGUGUUGUGUUAAUGGUUGUAGUUCAGUUACUCUAAUAGUUUUUGUUAUGCAUUUUCGUACGAGAAUUUUACGAACUCUCUAAUUUUGAAUGUUUUGAGACCAUUUUGUGAUAUCGUCUAUGCAGCAGAUAUUCUUGAAUUUGUGU